CAAAUGUCGGACAAGAUUAACGAUGUCGACGUACGCACAGAAGAAACAAAACCACUGAGAGGGUUUUUCAUGGGCAAAGAAGGGCAGAGUGGAGAAGUACAACAUUUUGCUGGACCCUGUCCUUAGUGUAAUUCACAAAUUAGAAGCUACAAAAUUAACCGGAACGGGUUCAUCAUCUAAUAGAAGCACUAUUUCAUAUUGCCUCCACUUCUUGCAGAAUCAAAAGACGAUCUACUAUGAUGUACCAGCAAGGGUAGUGGAACUACAGAUUUGGAGGUCUAGCGAAGUAUAAUGCAACUUACGUG